UUCUGCAUAAUUUUUACCUUCUUGAAAUGAGGUUCUCUGGGUUUUGUUUACAUGAUAAUGUAACAAAUACAGAAUUUUCUCCUGCUGCAUUGAUCUGAAAUUAAAGCUUCCAAUGCGGCCCUUGUGGGUUGGUGUGGGGUUGUUGGGGGUUGGGAUGGUGAAAGUACUACCAUUUUUUAACUAUUGCUCCGAAAGACCUGUUUAAUCUGUCUGUCUUACCUAAAAAGUUGGAAAAAUUACCCUGUUCAAAAAGAAGACCGCUCAGUCAUCAAUUUUGUUACUUGAACACGGAUAAUUCCCAAAAAGAAUACAAAAAUCUGCUUCUAAAUUGGGGAAAAUUUAAUUCCUUAAGACUAGACUAUGUCUUGAAGUUGUAUUAGCAUGGAAAUCAGUAAUUCUGAAUGUUGAAUUAUAUUGUAUCCCCUUUUUGAUAUACUGAUAUUUGUAUAUUUUAAUUUUGAAUGUUAAUAUACCGAUAAGAAUUGUUCUCUUCUGAAUAUGUCCUAUGUAUUUACUUGAAAUUAUUGGAGUGGUAAAUCAAAAUCUUUUAGCCUUUAGGAUUAGCAUUAGCCUGCAAUUGUGCGUUUCUUUUCUGCCUUAUCUUGUAAUUUGGAUUAAUCAAAUCUUAAUCUUUGUUUAUGAUUUUUUACUAUUCAGAUCAGACAUACUUGAUGUUUAACUGGCAGGACGAGUACGGUAAGGACGUUAUUGAAGAUCAAUGGCGUAUUGAUUUAGGAAGAGCUUGAUUGAGAGUAAACGGAGUGUGUGAACUAUUUCGGAGCGAAAAACUGUUACCCUGUUUUCAAGUUUCAGCACUGUGAGUAGCUGAUCAGCACCUCGAAUAUUGGGGGUUAAAUCAUAUUGGGAUUGAGCUUUUGGAAGUUAAAGGAUUCGUAAUCUUCUAAGACUUCUCAAUGGAUUCGUCAGCAUUUUCUGGAUCAUCGAAAAGGGCCAAGGCUCCUGGGAAUGUUACCCAAAUUGCUCAGUGCUUGGUUGAUGGGUGUGUUGCUGACUUAAGCCUUUGCCGAGAGUAUCACCGACGCCAUAAAGUCUGUGAGAUACACUCAAAAACUGCAAAAGUCACCAUAGGGGGUCGAGAGCAGCGAUUUUGUCAACAGUGCAGUAGGUUUCAUUCCUUGAUAGAGUUUGAUGAAGGAAAGAGAAGCUGCAGGAAACGUCUUGAUGGCCACAACAGACGCCGGAGGAAGCCUCAGCCUGACACACUGUGCAGAAGUUCUGGAUUGAUGUUUCCCGGCCAGCAAGGUACACGAGUUCUCUCAUUUAGUAGCCCAGAAAUACAACCGAAUCCCGUUCCAAGUUCAUCUUGGGCCAGGGUUGUGAAAACUGAGACUAAUAUGGUUCUAAACAACAAUCUGAAUUACAUCGAGAGACAAAAUACAUACCCUGGAGGUUCAGCACACAGCUUUAAAGGAAUAAAUCAACUUCAAUUCUUGCAAAGCACUCCCCAAAGUAUCCAAGAAAAUUCCAUCUGUCAACUUCUUCUUGAUCCGAAUGCUGCAUCAGGAAGUAAUAAUACCUGCAGCCAAAAUAUUUAUUCUGAUGGGUUAAAUCAGGUCGUUGACUCUGAUCGUGCUCUCUCUCUUCUGUCAUCGGCCCCUGCUGUAUCUCGGGAAUUCGGUUUUGACCAUAUGGUGCAGCCUGACCAAGUCCUCCCCAAUGCACAGUCCCUUCACAACAUGCAGUAUAUCAGUCUAGGCCAGUACUCGUAUCCUCGAGAAGUUGAAAGCAAGUCAGUAGGGUUUGAUAUGGAUUCCCGUGGUAGCAAAAACUCCACCCUCAAUUUUCAGGGGAUAUUUAUGAAUGAGCCCGACGGAUCGUCUACUAGUGGAUCCCACCAAACGCGGACAUUCACGUGGGAGUAAAUUUAGCUUAAUUCUAUUGACUUAUUAUUGUCAAAUAUACUUUGUUUCUAUUCUGUCUUUCUUUGCUAAACACAUGAUAUUGAAUUCUUGUGGCAGAAAAUGCCUUUUAAGGAAUUUCCCUUGUGUGCUCCUCUUUCUGUACUAUGUGAGCAGUGAGCCUA